AUGAUGGCCAGUAGAAUUUUGCAGGAAACAGUGAAAACUCCCAAAGAAUUGUAUAAAUUUUUAUUAAGGUCGUGUAAUAAACUUCCAAAAGGUCCUCAAGAAUUUUAUAAACAUUCAAUUAAACAGAGUUUUAAACAACAUGUGUUCGAACCUGACCCUGAAAGAGUAAAACAAAUAAUAAAUAAAUCAUUAUCUGAUGCAGAGUGGAUUUUUAAAAAGGUACAUAUUGAAUUUAUUUUUAUUAUUAACCCCUGA